AUAUAUAUAUAUAUAUAUAUUCAUACUAUAUAAUGAUUAGGCGCUUUGUUUCUUUUUUCUUUUUUUUUAGUAUUAGUUUAUCUGCAUCUUUAUUCUAAAAAAAGAAUUUAUCUGCAUCUUGCUUUCAUUCUUUGUAUAUGUUAGGAUUAGGAAGUAAUCAAGGAUUCACAUUCCGAUUCAAUUCUACUGUGAACAAUAAUUAGUAAAUCAUGCACAGAUGUAAAAUAUACGAAGAAUUUGGCAUAAAAUACUCGCAGUAAUUAAUUAUUUUAAUUAAGAAUUGUACAAUGUAUUCAACCUACAAUAUUAGAUUCAAAACUCGUAUUUCCAACUUAUGAAUUUAUUAUAUAUUAUGAGACAUAAAGAGAAUAUAAUUAUGUAGUGCGUGAGUUGGAUCUAGUGGGAGACUACUAUUAUAGGAAGCUAAUAAUUAUUUGACAUUUCUUUCUGUUAAAGAUCGUAUUUUCUGGCUAAAUUCUUGGAUAUUUUGCCAUAUUCAUAGAGAGGUAAAAUCUUCGAAUUCCCGCUUUGCAAAAUUAACUUUGAUAAAUAAAAAAGCAAAUCAAUCUGAUCCAACAUAUUAAGCCUUGCCAAAAGCCAGUUACACCCAACAGUAACAGAUUUCUCUCUCUCUCUCCCUGCAAUCAAGAAAGAAAAAUUAUGGGAAGGCCUCUUUGCAGACACAAAGCAGGAUUUGCCGGAUUAGGGUUCUGAUGCCCUUCUGUGUAUACAAACCUUGUAUAUAUAUGUUUAUUAAUAAACAAAUUAUUUCUCUCAGAAACAGUGUCAGAAUUCGGUAUGAAGAUUGAAGAUAAUCUAGAAUGCUGAUGGUGUGGCGCUCUUGUAUUUAUAUAUGCUGAUUUGAUUUUGCUUAAUAUCUGGGAACAAUCUUCUUCAUUCUUGGAAAUUCAUUUCCCCUAUGUUUGUUGGAAAAUAAAGAUUUGAUAUUCUUUAUUUUGGGGAGAUUUCUAAAUCUAAGAAAUCCACUAAAUAAGAGAUUCUUGGUGAUUGGAAGCAGUUAGUAGAUGGCAAUGGAGGAAAAUAGAGUUCUUGCCAAUAAUGUAAACAUGUGUGAGAGUGAAGCUUCAGAUUUGAAGGUGGAAGAAGACGAAGAUGACUUCAAGAGCUGUUGCGAAGACGAGGAUGAAUUGAAGGAGAAGGAAGAACACGUGAAGGUGAACUCAGAUGAGAAUGUAGUUAAAAUGUAUUUUAAGGGCGUGUCUAUCACCUGCCCCGGUGAUUCUGGUUCUAGUAUUUCUGGAAUUGGGGUGGUUAUGGAGUGGCUGGGAUGUACAACUCCAGUUCAGGUCCAGAAAAAGCUUGAUUUCUAUGUAGAGGAGUUGGUUGCAGAGUAUUUGGCAUUACUGGAUGGUUUUUCUGAGGCUAUACAGCACAAACCGAGACACGUUGUUGCUUUCACAGAUUCUGAAAUCUUGCAUACUCAGAUUGUUCAUGAUAAGGUUGUUGAGAGUCCUCUUUUGGUGGCAUUGAGACAAAGGAUCGUCGAACAAACCAGUAAUUUCGAAACGUUUGCCCUAAAACUUGUCCCUACUAGUGACCUACACAAGGCGUUAAGUUUAGCUCAAGUUGCUGUUGGUAUUGUCUCUACUCGUGGUGAGGGGGAGGAAUCAACGGAGAGCUGCUCGAUAUGUUUUGAGGAGAAGCUCUCGUCGAUGAUGCUCUCCUUUAAAUGUUCCCACAAGUUCUGUUCCCACUGUAUGAAAACCUAUGUUGAGGGUAAAGUGCAUUCUACUCAGGUGCCAAUCAGAUGCCCUCAAUUAGGCUGCAAGUAUUGUAUCUCGGCUACGGAAUGCAGUUUGUUUCUUCCCGUUACCUCUUAUGAAUCUCUGGAGAGAGCCCUGGCAGAAGCAAACGUGUUAAGCUCGAAGAAGAUAUAUUGCCCGUAUCCUAGUUGCUCGGUGCUGCUUGACCCUCACGAUUGCUUGUCUACUAGAGCAAGUUCAUCAAGCCAGUCGGACAACAGUUGUGUGGAGUGUCCCGUGUGUCAAGGAUUCAUCUGUGUUGAUUGUGAGGUGCAAUGGCAUUCUUCCAUGACCUGCGAAGAGUACCAAAGUCUUCCCUUGGAGGAGAGAGACGCCUCUGAUUUGACUCUGCAUCGUCUGGCUCAGAACAAAAGGUGGAGGCGCUGCGUGCAAUGCAGGAGGAUGAUUGAGCUAACUCAUGGUUGCUACCACAUGACAUGCUGGUGCGGUCACGAGUUUUGCUACUCGUGUGGGGUGGACUAUAGGGCUGGGCAGCAGACGUGUGAGUGCGCGUUUUGGAAUGAUGAUUAUUCGGAAGAGAUGGCAGCGUACCCUACCCAACAGCUGGAACAGUGGGCUGGAGGGUUCAGUUUGAACGAUCAAAAUCCGUAUCAGAGUCCUCCUCUGCAGUGUACGGACUCGUCGUCGUAUGCUGAUGCGAUGAAGGAUCUGCAUCAGCUGCCUUGGCUCGAAAGAUUCGUCUCCGUUAUAAGCGAUAAUUACUACCAAGACUACAUCCAAUGAUGCUGCUGGUGCUGGAGAUAUAGUGGUAGAGCAUCUCACUCUCACUCCUUUACCAAUUACCCCUACUCUCUCUAUUGUUUUUAGCUUCAUAUACCUUUAAAUCAAGAGGAGAAGAGUAAAACAUGUUAUUGUCAUUGAAAACCAAAAGAGAAAAGGAAAUUAACAGAUUUCAUUUUCUGGGUAAA